GAGUAGCUUCCAUCGACGCUCUUUUCGGGGACCAUGACCUGAUACGCAAACGAACCUUAGCAAGCGCAGCGCGGGUCUGCGUUGCUUUCCAUGAGCCAGCUAUGCGGCUCUUGUGGUGCAACUUAGACAGCCUUCACCCUCUUCUUGCCCCUCUCACAUCGUAUAUAAGAGUGGGCCACCACGACACUCGUGUUACAAACUCACGUGAGCUAGAGCUGUUUCACAAGAUAUACAUGCUCGAUGGGUUCGUGGAUCCUGAAGAGUGGGAUCGUGUAGUCCAGCGAGCCAAGUAUGUGCGAUCUCUACGGAUGACACCUGUCUCUACAGUUGGACUGGUGUCCUCCACUUGGGGGUAUUUGUUGCACCUCACCGGCAAGGAACCCCUCCUCCCGAAUCUCCGCGACCUAACGUGCACAUUCCUAACACCACAAUCUACGACCAUGACCCUGGUACUUCUGUCUCCAACCAUCUCAUCGCUGACCUAUAAUGUCGACAUGGGCGAUGUCGACUAUGACCUUGAGGAUAUACGAGAAUGGGAGUGCUCCCUCCGAUCGCUCUUCUCAAUCACCUCUUACAUCGCCCAGCAGCUCAGAUCUUCGCGCUUUGCGGAUGUGGGGUCGCCCUCUCCACUCCCUCUAUAUCAUCUCCCCGCUCAGCCAACAUAGGCAUUUGCGAACGUGCGAGUUGCUCUUCCACUCUGAGCUGAACUUCGGAAUGCUAGAAUCCGUAUUUUCUGAUUUCCGAAGCCUUGAGGAGCUCAGCUUGCCACAGUCCUGCCUUGACAGCAACCCUCUUGAAUUGUUGCAGGGCUGUCGGAAGCCCUCUCGCGCCCCUCCCGCCGUACG